AUGCAGACCCAUAUCUCGGCUGCCGUUGCAUUUGAUUUCAAAGGAUUUGAGAGUUGUGCGAAGCUUAAUUCUCUAAUUCAAGAUGGGAAGAAGAAGACAGAAUUCCUAUCAAGAUACAGAGAUUCGAAAAGUGCUCAACUAGGGUCAAAGCGUUUGAACCACUUCUUAGAACAGUUAUAUGAGAAAAGGGGGUCUGUAAGGGAGGCUGCACUUUCUUCAAUAAUCCUGAGUUAUAGCCUUGGCUAUCAAUACCAAUUUUCUGAAAAAAACUUCACUGAGUUACUUUACCAAUGCUUGAAAUCUUUCAAAAGGGAUUCGAUUAAAGAGAGUUGUUUGGCUCUUGAGGUUCUAGGAUUACUAGCUAUCACCAUUGGCUGUGGAGAAAAGAGUCGUGAACUAUAUAAAGAAACAGCCCCAGUUCUUUCAGAAGCUCUUAACACCGAAUCUCAACCACAGAAGUUAAAACUAAUAUUGGAUAGUUUGGCUAUUAUCACAUUCGUUGGGGGAAAUGAAUUGGAGGAGACAGAAAGAUCUAUGCAAAGUAUGUGGGAUUUCAUGCAUUCAAGACCAGAUUUCAAGGAAGCUCAAAGUGAAGCAAUUUUUUGUUGGUCCCUCCUUCUUAGUAGCAUGGAUAGUUGGACUCUCAGUUAUAAACAUUGGCGAGGGGCGAUUCCUUUCUUCAAGAAGUUACUAGAAUCAGACAAUGAAUCCACUGUCAAAGGAGCCACACAAGCAUUAGCCCUAAUAUUUGAACAAGGGUGCCUUGAGAAGUUUGAAGGUGACACGUCAGCAAUGGAGGAGAUAAAUGUUGAGAAAAUUUUGGAGGAUGGUCAUAUCCCGGAAAUUUCUGUAAAGAUUGGUAAACAAAGAUUAAAAGUCAACACAUUACCUCAUCAAAUCCAGCUUAAUUUUGUGAAGCGGUUGCUUGGUUCUGGUUUCAUUAUACACAUGAGGGAAAAUGAACUUCUACAUGAUGUGUUCAAGUUCAAACCAGAGAAAAAACAAUUAGGCAGAAAUUUAUAUGUUGCUGAACGUGAUGAGGUUUCUGUUAAUCUUUUUGUUCCCCAUGUAAGAAGUGAAGACAGCUUUCAGCGAAUUCACAAGUCGCAUAACUCGAUUUUUGUCAAGGCAAGGACUCAAAUACGAAACAAGCAUCGUGAUAUCAAAGCAGGGGAGGAGCAAGGGUGUUGUCGAGAUUGAUGUUAGAAUGUGAAAGUAACUCCUUUUAUGAAUUUAUGGAGUCUUCUAUUUUACUGUUGAUGUAAAUGUAUUUUUUUAAAUCAUUGUUACUGUAGGUCUUAGUUAAUUUAUUUAAUUAAUUCCAAUAUUAUUUUUUAAAGUAUUUAUUUGUAUAUACCAU